UUCCGGCGCUGGCCGGGCCGGCAUGGCGGCGCCCAGCGCGGCGGGGGAGCGGCGGCCCUUCGGGAGGCGGCUCCUCACCGACCCCGCUCGGCUUUUCCAGCACAACGCCUGGGACAAUGUGGAAUGGUCAGAAGAGCAGGAAGCCAGUGCCAGGAGUAAAGUUCAAGAGAACACCUCACAGCUACUACCACAAGAUAAACAAGAGGAAUAUGAGGUGAAUGCUAAGAAAUACUGGGAUGACUUCUAUAAAAUCCACGAAAAUGGCUUCUUCAAGGACAGACACUGGCUCUUCACUGAAUUUCCUGAGCUGGCACCUAACAGAAACUCAAGCCAAAAUGGAGAUUCUGUGCAUGGAUUUAGUGACACAAAAGAAUCCAAAAAUGAAGGGCUGGGAAGCUGUGAAAAUGGCCAUUGCUCAUUGGAAACCAGGACAGAGAGUCAGUUAAACCUGAUAGAGAGCCCGCGUGGAGGCCACACAGAGGAGUUGGCUGCACAGAAAGACAGUGAGCUGAGUCUGAGUGAUGGGCAUUACCCAGGAUCAGCUGCAUCUUACCGUAUCUUAGAGGUUGGCUGUGGGGCUGGGAAUACAGUCUUCCCAAUUUUACAAACCAACAAUGACCCUGGCCUAUUUGUUUAUUGCUGUGAUUUUUCUACAACAGCUGUGAAUCUUGUCCAGAAAAAUGCAGAAUACGAUUCUUCUCGCUGCUUUGUGUUUGUCCAUGACCUGUGCAAUGACCAAAGUCCUUUCCCAAUGCCAGAGGAGAGUCUUGACAUUGUUAUUCUUAUCUUUGUCCUCUCAGCAAUUCUCCCAGAAAAAAUGCAGUGCAUUGUGACCAGACUGAGUCGCCUUCUGAAACCAGGGGGAAUGAUCUUGUUACGAGAUUAUGGCCGUUAUGAUCUCGCCCAACUUCGGUUUAAGAAAGGUCAAUGUCUGUCUGAUAACUUCUAUGUGAGAGGUGAUGGCACCAGAGUCUACUUCUUCACACAAGAUGAAUUAGAUCAUCUGUUCACCACAGCUGGGCUGGAAAAAAUCCAGAAUCUGGUUGAUCGGCGAUUGCAAGUGAACCGUGGGAAACAGAUGACAAUGUAUCGGGUGUGGAUCCAGUGCAAGUACUGCAAACCCACCACCCUUCAGCCAUGAGGCAUGUGGACUUUGGACUGGAGCCUCUUCAUCUCCUCCUGGUGACCUGUGUGGUGCAGUUCUGCACACCCAGGACCUCAGUGCCUUGUACCAUGCCUGGCAUCACUUAAAGUGAGUUUUUCUAAGGACGAAUGCCCUGCAAGUAGAGCAAGAAUUUUAGAUGUCAUAGAAUCACAGAAUACACUGGGUUGGGAAAGACCCAUGAAGAUCAAGUCCAACUCCUGGCCCUGCACAGGACACCCCAACAAUCCCACCCCAUGCCUGAGAGCGUUGUCCAAACACUCCUUGAGUUCUGGAAGCUUUGGGGCUAUGACCCAUUCCCUGAGGAACCUGUUCAGUGCCUAACUCCCCUUUGUGGGAAGAACCCUUUCUUGAUAUCCAGCCUAACCCUCCCUGGACACAGCUCCAGCCAUUUUCUCGAGUCCUGUCCCUAGUCAGGAGAGUGAAGAGAUUGGUUCCUGCCCCUCUGCUGUCCCUCAGGAGGAUGUUGAAGAUCCCAGUGAAGUCUGACCUCAGUCUCCUGUUUUCCAGCUGAACAGACCAAGUCCUUAUACAGCUUCCCCUCAAGGCCCUUCACCAUUCUCAUGGCCAUUCUCAGGAUGGUCUCUAGUGGCUUAAUGUCUUUUUUAUAUUGUAGUGCCCAAAACUGCACAUAGCACUUGAGGUGGGGUUGCCCCAAAGCAGAGCAGGACAAACCCCUGCCUGACCAGGAAUGCUUUACCUAAUGCCCCAGGACACAGAUGUCCUUCCUGGCUGCCAGGGCACUGAUGACUCAUGUUCAACUUGCCAUGGAUCAGGACUCCUGAGUCCCUUCCUGCAGCUGUUCUCAGCCUCAUUCCCCAGUCCACCCACACAUCCAGGCUUGCCCCUUCCCAUAUGCAGAAUCCAGCACUUCCCCUUGUUGAACUUCCCAUGAUUGGUGAUUGCCCAUAUCUCUGAUUUGUCAAGGUUUCUCUGGAAGCCCUCUCUGCACCUGAGACACUUGACAGCUCCUCCCAGUUCACUGCAAACAGCAAACUUCCUUAGUACUCCUUCACGUUCUGCAUCCAGGUCAUUAAUGUGGAUGUUGAAGAGCACAAGCUUGAGAAGGGAGCCCUUUAAAUGUUAUGCUACUGGUCUGAAUUUUAAAAAUUAUUUAUGGUUUUAACCUAAGAGAUGGUAUCUUACAGCAGCUGAGCAAGUUGAGUAGCAACUGUCUCAUACUCUAGAUUUCCACAUGAAAUAGGAAAGCUCUGACCUUAUCUCUGUCUUGUGUACUUUUGUCUUGGCAACAAACAUACAAAGGAUAAACCUGCUCUUCUCUGGAAUGGCUCAUUGAUAUGAAUCCCUUGGCCAGCUUAUCUUAUGCAGCUGUUUCCUAGUCAUUCAGGUGUGUGCCAAUCCAGGAGUUAAAAUACAUUGAUCUGAGGGCAGGAACUGAGACAACAUGAGUCUCUCUGUACCAGCUUUCCGUGGAUGAUUCAAGGUGUGGAGAUGACCUGUGGAGAAAGGAAAUUAUGCUGCUCUGCCCUCACUGUCCACAAGGAUGUCCUCCCAGGGAACCACUAAACAAUAGCUCAGGCAGUGUUCAGGUUUUCAAAAGUUCAGUGCUGAUGCUGAUUUUAGGGCACCUUCAGAGUCCAGCAGAUUAGAAGCAGCUAACAGGACCAGGGUUUAUAAAUAAUUACCUGCUUUUCCUAGUGGCUGCAGCUCCCAGGUCACAAACCACCCUUCCAUGGUGAUGUGCUAAACCAAAACACGAGACACUUUCUUUGAUCUGAAAUCUGCAGGAAGUUUAAUUUUUGCACCCUUGUUUAAUUUCUUAAGAUUAAGCCAACACUAACUUCCAGAAGGUAUUUUCCUGACUUUGACAACAAGUAUCUCUUACCUUAGCUUGUUUUCUUCUGUUAUUUUUAGGUUGUGGUACAACAGGUAUUAGAAUAAGUUUUGUGCUUUUCAGUGAUUGUUUGAUUAAUGUAAAUCAGGCUUUGCAAAAACUGUAGCAAUGGGGAACAAAGUGACACAGACCCCCUUAUGCAUCCAAAAGAGAUUGCUUUAUUGUAGAAAUCACCCUUUUUUAUACAAUCUCCACCUGACAUAAUUGAAACCAAACCAAGCCCUAACAGAACUUAACAGAAGAAGGGCACCCAUUGGUUGGCUCAGCUGCAGUGCUGCUGUCCAUACAUCCAUACCCAAUCACCUUCCUGCUCAUACACUGUCCUUACCACCACCUCACUUCCCGCUGUCACUCAGCUGCCUCUCCCCUCACUCAUGGCUGCCUCUCACCCCUCAGCCAGCUUCCAACCAUGCAGCCUGCAGCUGUGCCUUUCCCACAGGGCCUUCUGGUGAGCAUUAGCCUUAGCAACUUUCAUAAUUAUACCCCCAUAUCCCACAUCUUCCCCUGUGUUUUUUUUAAUCAGGCAACAAAAACCUAAACAACUCCUAAAAAUAUUAAUAACAGUGACAACAAUAAUAACUAUAAAAACUUUUCAAAAACUGUAACGUGUUUAUAACAUAGCAACUAUAUGCAUUUAGAAUCAGGAUAGUACAACAAAAGGUUGCACGCACUGUGAUGGAAUCCUCUCCACCUCGUGGCCUGUGGCGACACAGGCAUAACCUCCUCCCCAUGUGAUUAAGUCCAGGAGUCUUUUCCAUUGUCCAGUUAAUUUACCAUUAAAUUUUUAUUUACCAAA